AUGUGGUGGAGCAUCUUAUCUAAUGCUCUUCCGGUAAAAGAUGUUAUAGGAAAACGUUUCCAUAUAGAGGACUUGAGCUGCCCCCUUUGUGGCGUGGGGGAAGAAUCUGUUGAACACCUUUUCCUUUCUUGUGAUGUAGCUCUUCAUUUAUGGCGUUCCUCUCCGUGGGGUAUCUAUCCGGUCUGUGAUACAGGCAUUCGUGUCUUGGAUUGGAUUAAGUUCAUCUGGGAUCUUAAACACAAAGGGGCCAGUGCUGAUGAUAUAUUCUUGUAUGCUUCUAUUGUUGUGGAUACUAUAUGGAGGGUGCGUAAUGAUAAGGUCCAUAAUAACUGUCCUAUUGAUUUUAACAUAUGCUUUGAUAUUAUUUGUACCUCUUAUGCAGAUAUGUCUGAUUCUCUACUCUCUAGUCCGACUCUGGUGCUAAAGGAAGCUUGGUCCCCUCCCCCGGAGGACUGGAUAAAGCUGAACUGUGAUGUGAAAGUGGGUUUGGAGAGUAUUGGUAUUGCUGUUGUUGCUAGAGAUCAUCUUGGCAGAGUGAUUAAUGUUCAGACGGCUCGGGAGGAGUUCUCGGAUGCUCUGCGUGGUGAAGCCGCGGCUUGCUGCUUGGCUGUGUCAGUUGCUUCAGAUUUCGGCUAUAAGUAUGUUAUUGUGGAGAAUGAUUCGAGAGUGGUCAUCGACGCUAUCAAUGGGAACAAAUCUCGUUGGGCCUUAGAGAACUACGUCUCAUUUUGUACUAAGUCAUCUCCUUUAUUUAAUAGUUGUUGUUUUUCAUAUGUUAGCAGAUCUUGUAACUUUGCCGCUCAUAAUGUGGCUAGAUGGGAUUUCUCCCAUCAGUUGUAUGGAUCUAUCCCGGUCCCUUCUAUACCGGAUGCCAUUUUAUGUAAUGACCGUGAGGUCUAA